GCUGUCCGUAGCUUAUGCCUUGCUUCAGUAACUGUCAGACAGUCAGUGUUCGAGAUGUGUUUUCCGAACGUGUAGCAAAUUUCUGUUUGAACACAUGUGAAAUGAUUUUAAUUAUUUAGACGUACUAAGAGUUUUAAAGUUUUUAUUUCUUAAACAAUUUUAAGCUAUUUAUUUUAAAUAUGGGCCAAACAAAUAGGGAAAAAGAAGAACAAGCGCUGUUAACUCAUUCAAAGCCGAAUCAAAUUUUAUCUGCAAAUGACAGGACGAUGGAAGAAGGCGCUACACAAACCACACCAUUUUUGGUGGAACCCGUUCGGCUAACUCCAGCAUGGGAGGACAGUAAUUUGCCCAAUGAGGAACUUAAUUUUAAAGGUAUGACUAUGGAAAGAGCACAACUAGAAACAACAGAACCACGAGACAGGUGGAAAUUAGUUUAUCUCACACUUCUGCUUCAUGGAGUUGGUACGCUAAUGCCUUGGAAUAUGUUUAUAAAUGCUAAAGAGUAUUUCGUAUCAUAUAAAUUAUCUGAAGAAUAUACAGGAAUAACAUCUAUGUAUGUAACGAGCUUUUUGGCUUAUAUAGGAUUUGCUGCUCAAGUGCCUAAUAUAUUAUUCAACUGGCUAAAUGUUUUUGUACAAAUUGGUGGUAACUUAACAACUCGAAUUGUAUGGUCACUUGUCAUUGAAAUUAUAAUAUUUUUAGUGACCGUAGGGCUGGCAAUGACUAAUUCGGCAGACUGGCCAGGAGCUUUCUUUUGGAUAACUAUGGCCACUGUUGUUAUAUUAAACAUGGCGAAUGGAAUAUACCAAAAUACAGUUUACGGUAUGGCAGCUAAACUUCCUUCGAAAUACACCGGUGCUGUGAUUCUUGGCUCGAAUAUUAGUGGUACAUUGACUGCUCUCAUUGAUAUAUUUAGUGGAUAUAUGGCAGGAUCUCUUCGAACUUCUGCUAUUUAUUACUUCAUUACAGCAAUGUUCAUUCUAUUACUAUGUUUUGAUACAUACUUCGCAUUGCCACUGAAUCGAUUUUACAGAUAUCAUGAACUUAAGAAUGAAAAGGAAAGUUGCAGCCAAAAUAGAGGGCCGAAAACGCGUAUUCCUUACUUGAGAAUUAUGCGAGAUGCUGCUCCUCAUCUGUUUAGUAUAUUUUUUGUAUUCUUUGUUACACUAGCAGUAUUUCCUACUGUGCAUUCAGAUAUCAAGCGAGUUGAUGAAAACUUUCCUAUUGAUGAUAUGUUUGUUAAAAUUACCUGUUUCCUAACAUUCAAUACCUGCGCAAUGUUAGGCAGUUUUCUGACUUCAUUCUUCCAAUGGCCCAAACCGAAGUAUCUGAUCUACGUAGUGACGUUCCGUGUUAUCUUCAUCCCCCUGUUCCUGCUGUGCAAUUACCAGCCGCGCAAGAUCGUGCGUACGUUGCCCGUCCUGAUCGCGAACGAUUGGGUGUACUGGAUAAUAGCCAUUGCAAUGGGCGUGUCGAGCGGUUACCUUAGCUCGCUCGGAAUGAUGUAUGCGCCGCGCAGCGUCGAACCUCAAUACGCGGUGCAGGCGGGUAUGUUGGGUGCCGCCUUCCUAAUCACUGGCAUAUUCACCGGAAUCACCUUCUCGAUUGUGUUUCCCAGUGUCGUGUCGAGCUCCAUUUGGUAAGAAUCAUUAUACAGAAAAUUGUUUGCCCCGCCGAAAAAUAUUUAUGUACCAGCUAACUUUGGGUGAAUAUUGUGGUCUGAGUUAUAGUCUGUUAGAAAGAUGGAUUGUGAUUGCUUCUGGUGAGAAACAAGAUAGUGAGUACUUCUAAUCAUACUUUCUUUAAUUCUUAUUGUAAAAGCUUAGUGCAUUUUUAUUCACAU